CUCAUUGCACCGAAAUGUCAACAAUAUUUUGUGAAAUAUCAGUGAUUGAAGAGUAUUGAAAACUCCGAAAAUGAAGUCCUACUUAGUACUGAUUUGUAGCGUCCUUCUUGUUGGAGCAUUCUGCGCUGUAUUGGCUGCACCCGGCGGUAAUAUAAAUAACGAGCCACAGACGGAGACGGAGCCAGAGCCAGAGUCAGAGCCAGAGCCUGAGUUAACCUUCCCAGAUUAUAGCAUCAACCCUACAAGAGUUUUAAAACUAUUGGCCAAUUUUGAGGAUGAGUCCGUAAGCAUCAGCGAGUCAAAUAGCGAGUCAAACAGUGAUUCGUCGUCUAGUAGCAGAAGCGUUUCGUCAUCGGAAGAAAAUGAGGACGUAAAGCCUGAAGGACGUACCUUGUUCCUUAUACUACGUCUGCUGCAAUUGCUAUCCCAACAGAACUCUACCUCAUCGGGCUAAGCUAUGGUGCGUGUGCUUUACUGAAACUACUCGUAUUACAUUCGAAAACUUUGUUCGUUUUUCUUCCAAAUUAUUAUAUUGUACAGUUAUUCGAAAAAUUUUAGUUAAUAAAUUUAAUAUUGAAUUGCAUUUUAAA